GCUGCGCGAGGCGGAGUCUGUUAGGGUCGCGCGCGUCCCGAGAAGCGGAGAGGGCUCACGCGCACGUGGCCGCGCGCUCCCGAUCCGCGCGGGCACCAUUGGCGCCGCCCCUUCGCUUGCUUCUCUGCCUUCUCCUCCCGGCGCUUCCCGCACAAGACGCGAGGAAGAGGAUGCCGAGCGCCGACGCCAGCCUGACCCCGCAGGUGCACUGGGCGCAGCGGCACCACCAGCUCUACCUGCGCGUGGAGCUCAGCGACGUCCAGGUGAGCGCCUGGCUCGGUGGGCUGCGGAGCCGAGGGGGUGGGGGGGUUAGGUAGGUGUCGGUCCCCCACCCCCAACACGCAGUCUCCCCUGCGGCCUUUCCCUCCCCCACUCCUGCCCAAGGGAUUCUGGGGCAGCCUCUCUUCUCCCCGGGUGCCCUAUAGAUACCCCACUUCCCGGGGGGCCGCAGGUGCUUUAUUGAUGCCCAAUAAAGCACCCCCCCAAAAAAAAUCCUUAGAGCGACAUGUACGCCCGCAGGGGCUUCCACGGCGAGGCAUUGGUGCUCCUUGAUCGCCACCGAUCCCCACUUGGCCGAGGAGCGUUUUGGGGGGUGCUUUAUUGGGCAUCAUCAUGGACAGGCCUCAGGCUGUUUGCAGAGGAGGCUUCAGGGCCAUGCAAGUUAAUAAUGCAAUCAUCGUUCUUUAGUAAUAUGGUGUGCGUGCCGGUUUUGCCAGGCGGGAUCCACAGGGGCAAGUGGGUGUGCAAAGGUGAAGGGAGAAAGCAGGUUAUUAUCUCUUCGAUCUGGUUGGUUCCCUGUGCGCAUGUGUGCAUACCACCUACAUUUGACAUAGCACGCAGUUAACACAUUCCUCUCCCCUGCAGAUAAUCCUGGGAAUUGUAGUGUCCCCCCAGGGUGCAAGGAACUAAAGACUACAGUUCUCAGGAUUUUGCACACCUUUCCCCUUUUACAACCCUUCUCCUACAGGAAAGUUUUCCCCAUAAAUCCUGCACUAGUCUCCGGCGCUAUAAGGGUAUUGCUAAAAACUUUUGAUUCGAUUCGAUUUAUUGCAUUUCGACGCCGCUUUCCAUUCAGAGAAAUCUCAUUUUAUGAAUACAUAGUUGGUGUUGUAAAAUCGUUCAAAGUGCAUCUCAAAGCGGCUGACAGAAAAAAAGAAAAGAACAUCCCAAAAAUGAAAGAACAUCCCAAAUACAGCACAAAUAACAUAAAUCAAUAAAAUAAUUACAAUUUGUAAAACACUCUUAACGAAACAGCAGCUAAAAAAAAACAAAAAGGUAAACAUCACGGUUGCAGCAAAAACUGUUUAUUAUAUGAUCCGUAAUUCAAUACGCCAUUUAUAAUCUAUAAAUCAAUGUUAACAACAUUGAUGAAAAACGUACACUAAGCACAAGUUCAUACACACACUUUCCACGCCCCCGUGACUCAUAUUCUUUCACACUUUUCAGUUCAUUAAAAUACACAUAAAAUACACACAAUGUUAAGCCAGCUCAGGCAGAUGCUGGGGUCCUCACUGUGGAGAUAGUGAGGUUUAGGGGGGGGGGGUUGGUGGCAGCAUUAUGUCCUUUUCACCCUCCUUGUGGAGUUCCUGCUGCUCCUUUUUGUGGAAUAGGGGAGAAGAAGCUAUGCUUUAUCCCCACCCACCCACAUUGCAGCUUUGGUGACCCCUUUCUGAAGGGCCCCCGUCCCGAUAUGUCUCAAAUUAGGCUUCUGCAGGCCCUAUUAUUUUAUAGGGACCAUGCCAUCAAGGCUUUUCCCCUAAGCGCCUGACCGUGGUUUUUUUAAAAAAAAGUUUUAUUAUUAUAAUUAUUACAUUUAUAUGUAAAUUUUAUAAUUUCCGUCAAGGAACUCAGGGUGGUAUACAUUGUUCUCCUUCCUCUGCGUUUUAUCAUCACAGCAACCCUGUGAGGGAGGGUAUUCUGAGAGCAAGUAACUGGCCCAAAGUCACCCCACAAGCAUAGCUGUCAACUUUUCCGUUUUCUUACGAGGAAUCCUAUUUGGAAUAAGGGAAUUUCCCUUUUAAAAAAGGGAAAAGUUGACAGCUAUGCCCACAGGCUUCAUGGCUGACUGGGGAUUUGAAUAUUGUAAAAGUAUGUACUUUCCCACUCCAAGCUGUGAUGAACAGCAGCUUAGAAUCUGCUGGGAUAAAAGCAUGAUAAAAUUACCAUUAUGCAAGUUCUGCCGUCCUCUGCAGAUCCCUGUCUCUGAUAGUCUGCUUCUAUUAUUAAUUAUUAUUAUUAUUAUUAUUACCACCCUUCAUCUACUAAUACAAAAUAAAAGCACAAAAUACAUCAUAAAACCAGGAACAAAACCACCACAAAUAACAGUCCCUCUCCUCCAACAAUUCUGUGAAUGGGUUUUUUAAAUAUAUUUGUAGAUUUAUGAAACCGCUUCACAGGCAAGAGCUACAAAAGUGGGGUGCAAUAAGAUACAAAAGGUUGUUGAAGGCACCUCGGGUAAUUUAAAUACAAGCAAAUGGGCUAAUGAAAACCUUGAUCAGAUCCAAUACGGCUCUUUUUCUUUUGCCUCUUUCUCUGCAGGAUCCUGACAUCACAAUUACAGACAAUGUGCUCCAUUUCAAAGGUAGGUCAGUUUUGUUGUGUUUUCAUGAUUCUUUCUGGAAGAAAAUGGCUUUGGGAUCUUGCUGUGGCAAGAUUUUAUGCAGUAGAUGGCAAUUUAGAAUCGAUAAAUAAUAUGUAAUACCCUUUUUUUAAAUCACUGUUUCCUCCUGAUUUUUGUUAAACUUUUGCUUUGGGGGUGGGGAAGGAGAAGCCGCGUUUGCAUUUUAAAAGCGUUAUUAUUUUGGUCAUGAGGCCUAAAACAACUGAGCUCUUGACAUAAAAGCCACUACUGUAACUGUAAAAUUAACAUGACUUUGGAGGCUUACGUUCUAUCUUUCCCCUCCUGUGCCGUAAUUUCAAACAAAAUUCAACCUAUUUGAAUAUAGCAGUGAAAUUUCCCCGAUCUAUUGAGUUGAUUGUAAGCCCUGCUAAUAAUGGUCUCUCUCUUUCAAAACAUCUUGUUUACUGUUGCAUAAGGAACUGACAUUCAAAUUUGAAAGAUAAGUGGAUACAAUGCAAAUGUUUGUUUGUUUUUUAUUUUGAUCUUCUGUGUCCUCAUCAUGGAUUUGCCCUACGUCUAAAGACUUGUAAGAGCAAUGCAUUGCGUUACUUAAAAAACCCCCCAAAACCCCAACCCAAAUCCUGUCUUUGAAUGCGAUUAACGCAUUAUUACAUAGGGGGGGGUGUCCAUUUACACACCAUACAUUUAAAGUACUAUGAUAACACUUUAAACACUAAUGGCUGCUCCCCAAGAAUCCUGGGAGCAGUAGUUUGUUAAGGGUGCUGAGCGUUGUGUAGAGAUUCCCUUGUUUCCCUCACAGAACUACAAUUCCAGAAUUUCCUGUGAAGAGGAAUUGAUUGUUAAACCAUUCUGGGAAUUAUCGUUCUGUGAGGGGAAAAGGGGCCUCCUACUCAUUCUCAGGGGACACGGGUGGCACUGUGGGUUAAACCACAGAGCCUAGGACUUGCUGAUCAGAAGGUCGGCGGUUCAAAUCCCAGUAACGGGGUGAGCUCCCAUUGCUCGGUCCCUGCUCCUGCCAACCUAGCAGUUCGAAAGCACGUCAAAGUGCAAGUAGAUAAAUAGGUACCGCUCCGGCGGGAAGGUAAACGGCAUUUCCGUGCACUGCUCUGGUUCGCCAGAAGCGGCUUAGUCCUGCUGGCCACAUGACCCGGAAGCUGUACGCCGGCUCCCUCGGCCAAUAAAGCGAGAUGAGCGCCGCAACCCCAGAGUCGGCCACGACUGGACCUAAUGGUCAGGGCCCCCUUUACCCCUUUACUCAUUCUCAGAACCCUUAACUAACUGCAGCUUCCAGAAUAUGGCCUGUGGGGAGGGGGCACACUUACCGCAUUAAAAUGCAGCAUUAAUUAUUAUUAUUAUUAUUAUUAUUAUUAUUUGUUGUUAAUAUUUAUUGGACUUGUUAGUUGCUUGUUACCCAAAGGUCUCCAAGUGACUAACAACACAUUUAAAAACAUAAACAUAACUAUAUUAAACAAUUAAAGGUAAAGGUAAAGGUACCCCUGCCCGUACGGGCGAGUCGUGUCCGACUCUGGGGUUGCGCGCCCCUCUCGCUUAAGAGGCCGGGGGCCAGCGCUGUCCAAAGACACUUCCGGGUCACGUGCCCAGUGUGACAAGCUGCAUCUGGCGAGCCAGCGCAGCACACGGAAACGCCGUUUACCUUCCCGCUAGUAAGCGGUCCCUAUUUAUCUACUUGCACCCGGGGGUGCUUUCGAACUGCUAGGUUGGCAGGCGCUGGGACCAAACGGCGGGAGCGCACCCCGCCGCGGGGAUUCGAACCGCUGACUUGACGAUUGGCAAGUCCUAGGCGCUGAGGUUUUACCCACAGCGCCACCCGCGUCCCAAUUAAAAAAUUAAAUUAAACAAUUAAAGCAAAAAUGACCCCCAUAAGAAAGACAAGAAGCUUGGGCAGCCUUUACCUGGUGCUGAAAGAUGUUGAAGGUGCUAACCAUGAUGAGGACAGAAGUGAAUUCUUGUCAAUUUUGGCAGUUCCUUGACACCAGACUUGAUAUGUGGCGGGUUGUGCCUGGAUGCAUCGCUAUGCCCUGCAGAGGGCCAAGUCCUGGUGUUUCUGAUUUAUCUUUUACCUGCUUUAAAAAAAAAAAUGCAGGAAGGACAGACGGACAAUUAACCUGGAAAGCCUUCUGAGAAACGGAGCUGUCAUUCAGUUGCAGAGUUGUGCCACUUCCUGCAAUUCUCAAGUAGAUUUCUUACUUCUGCUUGUUUUUCUUCCUAGCUCAGGGCCACGGAGCCAAGGGAGACAACGUGUAUGAAUUUCAAAUUGAGUUUCUGGCACCAGUGGACCCGCAGGUAACAGCUUCUGGUGUUUCCUGCAGCUGAAUUACAAGGCCAGUGCUUUGACCAACAGGUGGAUGGUGCUUUGGAGUUUUGUCUCUCAUGGGUGGUUUUCUGUGUAUACCUCUGCAACCUUCAGAGUUCCCCUGAGUACGCUUAUACUCAGAACUUCCUCUGUGACGGUACUCACUGGUGCAGAAUAUUAAUUUUAUUCCCUCCCCCCUUACAUUUACAUCCCACCUUUUUUUCCAAGGAGCUCAGACUUCUGCUUUCUAUUUUAUCCGCACAGCAACCCUGCGAGGCAGAUUAGGCAGACAGACAGUGACUGAGCGGGGAUUUGAACCCUGGACUCCCAGGUCCCAGUCCAGCACUGUAACCAUUACACCACGGAGGCUCUCACUUCUUUUUGCUACUUAUUGUAGCCAUUUUGUGCUGGACCAACAGCACUUUUAUCAGGAUAUGAGUACUGACACCUCAUUUUUUAACUUAAAAAGCAGUGCUUAUACCUGUAGCAAUUGCGCAACUAUCCAUCCCCCCUUGACCAGUCCUCCAAAUGCCGGCUGGACCCGGCAGGGAGACAGGUAGUUACAUGAGGUGUUUCAAGUCACAAAACAAAUCGUAAGCUGCCACCACCUCCUCUCCUGGGUCAACCCUCAAAUGGGGUCCAAGGAGGAGGAGAACCCCACUUCGAUAUUUACCGGGUUGCCCAGCCCUGUGUCACUUUACUGUGACACAGACAGAAAUCCAACAGGUAGUGUGUACUAAGUGGUCAAGCACCAGUUCAGCUUGUCUGGGCAAAAGGCACAGAAUACAGAAAGGCAAAAGUCCUUUUUCAAAUUUAUUGAAAAAGCUACUCAAAGAGUAAAAGCUUGCACAUUUCUUAAAAGGUUACAAACAAGAAAAAUAACAACAUAAUAUCACUAACUAAAACAUACUCACAAGUAAUCAGUAGUUCAAAGCAUAGUAAGAAGUCACAAAGUCUGUUCUGGUCAAACGCCCUCAGGCGAACACCAGGGCAAGGUGGUCUGCAAACCUUUAUCCUUGAGAACCCCUCGUGGAAUACAGGUUUAGGAACCAAUCAUUUCUUUGGGUUAAUUACCAAUUUGCCAAUGGCUGUAUGAUGAGACAAUAACUCCUGAUUGUGAGAAGACCCACACAGCUGAACUUUGUUUAUUCUCAGAGACCUUGAGAUCAAAAGGCUCUCCCUUCAUUCCCAGACUUCUCUGAUCCAUACCAGGCUCUUGAGCUGUAAAUUACCUGAUAGCCUUUUGUAACUUUUCACACUUCAUCCACAUUCAAGCCCCCAGCUGGGCAAGGAUCUGCAAACCAGAUAACAUAGCAUCCUGCCUAGAGUCAGGAGGCAAUUUGAUCUACACUUCUAAGGACAGUUUUACAAUUAAAGAGACCAGAUCUCUAUUUCCCAGAAAUCCACAGUUUCAACUCUCCCACAAUGCAUCACACCCACAUGAACCAAAGUUUAACAUACGAAGAUUUCUCAACUUCACUGCAAUACCUCUCUUGUUUCUCAGUGAUUCCCAUCUUGAGUUUGCUGUUUCAGAGAAUGAUGGUGUGGCCAUGCAGCUAUGUAGAUACGAUCAGCAUGUGAGAUUGCUCAGUGGUUUUUACAACUCUGAAAUUCCAGUCAGCACUGUUUGUGUGAUAAGCCAGAAUCCUGUGCGUAGGUUGUGGUAUUAGCCAAUGAAGUUGGCUAAUGCUUCCUUCCUCGGGCAAGAACCUGCUCUGCCUACAUGCCAGCAUCCUAGAGCUACCUGCUUCUGCUUAGCCUAGAGAGUUCCUUGGAGCCACUUAAGUAUCAGAUAUCUGGCUCAAGUUUCCUGCAGUGCUCACCUAACCGCUUGGAUGGGGGAAACUGCCUGCCUGGAUCUUAAUUUCUGCAAUCCUCCUGCCUGCAAGGGAACAGAAAUGUCAAAGCCCCCUUAGAAGCUGGAGCAAUUGUGAUUUCUAUGCCAAAAGCUCAGUCACAACUAUAGAGUUCCAAACCCUGACAAGUGAGAGAUAAGAAAUUCGCCCCAGUCGAGCACACAGAUAGGGGCCGGCUGUACACAGAACUGGUUGUACAAAGUAACCCAAACAAGUUAUGAAAGACAGUGGGGGAAAUCUGAAGUUAGUCGUGCUCAAAGUAGAGCCAUUGAAAAAUGGGUUUGUUUUGACUAAUCCUGGAUAGCACCAAAUUACUGUGAAGCAAGAGAAGGGAUGGCUUUCCAGUCGUAGUCACAUGUCAAAGUGCUACAGAAAUCUGCACAGAAAUGAUUCCAUAAUUCUUGACUGUGUAGCCUUGUUCAGUUGUAACCAUCGUAGUCUGAUAAAGAAUGGUUUUGGCUGUCAGACUGACAGGCACCUGCCUGAAGUAUCCUGAUGGCCUAAGAGGAAGAGAGCCUUGCUGCUUCUGGUGUGAAAUAUGGUACAUUCUGUGCCAAAUCAACAAACAAGGAGUGCACAAUCGUCAUGAAUUUUGUGGGUAUUUUGCAAAGUCGUUACUUAUGUCAAAAUGUAUCUUACAGCAAUGGCAUUAGUAUUACCCCUUAUGCCUAGGAGCAGGGCUACACCCCACUGAAAGUUCAUUCAAGGUCGCAGUGCCCUUGGUAUUUUUUGCCACUGAAUGGCAAAAUAUUCACUGAACAUGCUACUUGCAACAGUCAUUGUGGGGCCGUUUUGAGGCUCAGGGUCUCUUUAAACUGCUGCUAAAAUGGAUAUUUGAGUGCCCUCCAUUUCAGCAGUGGAAACUGCUUUCUCCUCCAGGAGUAAGGUGCACACCCAGCCAGGGGCGUAGGAAGGGGUGCAGUGGGGGAGGAGAGCCCCUGGUGCCCUCACUGAAGGGGGUGACAUUUGGCGCACUGCCCACCUGUGACUUCCAAGCCUACCCCGAGCCAUUGGGGUAAGGGGGGAGCUGUGCCACUUUGCCAGCGACAUUCCCCCCUUCCCCCUUCAAUUUGACAGCUUGGGGGAGGCUUGGGAGUCGCGGGUGGGCAGCUGCAGGGCGCGCACACCUCUCCAAACACCCGAGUGGCUAUCCUGCGCUUGGGAGGGCACCCUCCGUGCCACGCCCCCCUUGGGAGUGCACCCAUCCUGCACAGCGCGGGCAUAUGCUCCGCCGCUGCACCCAGCACCUAUCAGUGCCCUCCAGCUCUAGAAUGUACCUUUGAAGGCUUGUCCGUACCUGCAUCACGAUGUCAGGUGAAAAGAAUCCUGUUGGGCCAAGGCUGGCGUGCAGGCGGAGCUUCCUCACCUGUGCAGUAACGGCUUGGGUCACAAAUCUGAACAUUCAGUUUUAAAAGUUGCGAAUUAGUAGCUUGGUGUGGAUGCUUUUGCAAGGCCAGGAUAGCCUGUGUUGAGUAGCACUGCAGGUUAUCCACAACUGUGCUUGUGUGUGUGCGUGCGAUUUUUGAUGAAGUUAUUUCCAACCCAGAGCUGUUUGAUAAUGGAACGGUCUCCCUCGGAAGGCGACGGACUCUCCUCCGUUGGAGGUCUUCAAGCAGAGGUUGGGGGGGGCUCUGUCGGGGCCUCUUUAGCUGUGAUUCCUGCAUUGCAGGGGUUGGACUAGAUGAGCCUUGGGGGCUCCCUUCCAACUCCAGAGUUCUGUGUGACUCAGUACCAGUGCUCUGUGGUUGUCUUCUUUCAGCCAGCCUAUAAAAUGACACAGAGGCAGCUGAACAUCACCGUAACGAAGAAGGAGAGCCAGUGGUGGGAACGGCUGACCAGGCAGGAGAAGCGGCCGCUGUUCCUUGCUCCGGACUUUGAUCGUUGGUUGGAUGAGUCGGAUGCUGAGAUGGAGCUGAAAGCCAAAGUAAGGCCCAGCCAUUGAUACACAAUGUGCUCUGUCCCAUCCUUUCUCCAUGAGGACACGUGGGCGUGUCUGCUUGGCUGAUGAUGGAAACAGACUACAGUGGUACCUUGGUUCUCAAACUUAAUCCGUUCCGGAAGUCUCUUCCAAAACCAAAGUGUUCCAAAACCAAGGCGCACUUUCCCGUAGAAAGUAAUGCAAAACGAAUUAAGCUGUUCCAGACUUUUAAAAACAACCCCCAAAGCAGAAAUUUAACAUGAAUUUUACUAUUUAACAAGACCAUUGAUCUACAGUAUGAAAGCAAUAAUCAAUGUACUGUACUAGAAAAUAAAUAAGACAGUAUUGUAGUUGAUAAAAAUUUUAAAAAUAAUGAUUUCGUAACUGCACUGAUGAUAGUCAUUGUUUGGAUGAGGGGCUUUUAUCCAUUUCCGCAGUCACACAGUCAAUCAAUCAAUCAAUCAACCAGUAGCUGAACUAGGUUCCACACAGUCACAAAAACAAAUUAACUGGAAAAGCCUCAAAAACAAAAACGCAAAAUAAAUAGCAAAAACAAAAGCGCCAAACUUAAUCCAUUCUGGAAGUCCGUUUGACUUCCGAAAGGUUCAAAAACCAAGAUGCAGCUUCUGAUUGGUGCAGGCAUCCCAGAAACAAUAGCUGACAACUGCAUUGGAUGUUCAGCUUCUGAAAAAUGUUUGAAAACUCGAACACUUACUUCCAGGUUUUCGGCGUUUGAGAACCAAAGUGCCACUGUAUUGCCAGCCCGUAACUCCAGUGUUCAAACAUUUGCACUGGCUACCUAUGCUCUCCUAGGCCAGGUUCAAGGCUCUACUAUACCAUACAUCUCUGUCCAACUACUGAAGUCUUUGGGGGAGUCACUAUUAGUUUCCAGGCCCAGUUCAAAGGGCUGGUGUCGACCUAUGAAGCCUAACAUGGCUCAGGACCUCAAGACCUUAAGGAUUGCCUCUCCCCAUACAAACUGACCCGGACCCUGCACUUGUCAUCUGAGGCCCUUCUCCAUGUCCCCCAUCCCAGAAAUGUGGCAACAAGAGAACGGGGCCUUUUCUGUGGUAGCUCCCCAAUUGUGGAAUGCUCUCCCCAGAGAGGCUCGCCUGGCGCUGCCAUUACAUGUCUUUUAGGUGCCAGGCAAAAAUAUUCCUCUUUAACCAGGCCUAUGGCUGUUAAAUAUUCUAUGGCCUGUAAAAGUAUGGGGGAGUGGAAUGAUUGUUUUAUUAUUAGGCUGUCUGUCAGUAUGCUUUUUACUCUGUUUUUAAUUAUGUUUUUAAUCAGUGAUGUUCUGUAAUGUGUUUUUAAUGUUAUACGCUGCAUUGAAAUCUUUUGAUAGAGGGUGGUAUAUAAAUAGAAUAAAUAAUAUAACAAUAUAAUAACUGUUGGCACCCCAUGGCUAGAAUGUCCACCAGGAGCUGUGCAUCCAAUAUUGUGGGGCUAGUUCUAUGGAACUUCCUUUCAGCUGAGGCCAGACAGGCUCCCUUCCUGUUGAACUUCUGCCUACUGAAAACCCUUUUAUUUAAAAAAAAAAAAAAUCCAGCAGGCAUUUUAACUGAUUAAUUCUGAUGUAAUAGUUCAUUCGAAGUCAUUUUUAUUUUCAUUGGAUUGAGUUUAUUGUAUUCUGCCUAAGAGGCAAUUGUAAUGAAGUGGUAGAAUAAGUUGUCUAAACAUUACCGUGAGUGUAUGAAGCACUUUGAACUGUGCUAUUUUAAAUGCUAAGUAGUGUUGUUUUUUGCAAAGGCAGAUUUUGUUAAAGGCAGACAGGACUGCGAGGUGAUUAAGUAGCAACUGCAAAGGGAAGGCAAUACUUAGCAGGGACUUUUGAAAAGGAGGAAGAGAGGCAAUUUAAAAUGAAAGCAAAAAUGAAAGAGAAUGCCCCAGGCAAGUUGGGGGCUGGAGGGGAAAAAAAGAGCUGAAACUGGAGGCCAUCUGAAUUGUCCAGCAGACACCAUCACCCAAGAACGCGCUGGCUCAACAUCCGCUCACGUUGGAUGUUGUUGAGUUGGUUUUUCUGUUUUGUUUUUUGGCAAAGGUCUGUCCCAAAAGACAGCAGGCGGCUUCCCAAUGGCACUUAGGUAAAGGGUAAAGGGACCCCUGACCAUUAGGUCCAGUCGUGACCGACUCUGGGGUUGGUUGCGGCGCUCAUCUCGUUUUAUUGACCGAGGGAGCUUCCGGGUCAUGUACAGCUUCCGGGUCAUGUGGCCAGCAUGACUAAGACGCUUCUGGCAAACCAGAGCAGCGCACAGAAAUGCCGUUUACCUUCCCGCCAGAGCAGUACCUAUUUAUCUACUUGCACUUUGACGUGCUUUUGAACCGCUAGGUUGGCAGGAGCAGGGUCCGAGCAACGGGAGCUCACCCCGUCAAGGGGAUUCGAACCGCCAACCUUCUGAUCAGCAAGCCCUAGGCUCUGUGGUUUAACCCAUAGUGCCACCCGCGUCCCCCCCAAUGGCACUAACACUUGCUAAAAACCCAUCUUGCUCAUUUUUUAGGAGGAAGAAAGGGUUAACAAAAUCAGCAUAGAGAACCGCAUCCCCAAAGACCGUAAGUAGCCAGUAUCUUUUGUAUAAUCAUUUUGUUAAUUAUUGUGUGUAUAUUAGUCACCAAUGUGUUGCAUGAGUCGUACUACAGUAUCUUUUGUCUGGCAAACCUUUCUGUGCCAGCAAGAUUUCUUUACCGCUCCUCCAAUCUCCCUGUUUAAAUACCACCCCAUAUUUUGUGAAAAUGGAGAUAUGAUGGACUGGGAAGAAGACAGGGAACAAGCAGGUCUAUAUAGACUUAGGGAUUUUGUGUAAAUGUUUUCUCCCUACAUGAAGAACAGAUUUUGGCUAAGAUUCAAAAUGCAACAUGGUCACAGUUUAAUUUUAAUUGGUUGCUUUUCUUUCUGCUAAAACCAUGUACUAGCCAUUCAGUCAGACCAAGUGUUGGCUGCUUUAGAACAACUAAACAAUUAAACAUGAAAAGUGCUGGGAUAGCUCAGUCGGUAGAGCAUGAGACUCUUAAUUUCAUUGGGCAAAAGAUUCCUGCAUUGCAAGGGGCUGGACUAGAUUGCCCUCGUGGGUCCCUUCCAACUCUACAAUUCUGUGAUUCUAUAAACUUACGGUUAAUGUUCCUGCUACAUCAAAGGGUGUAGUAUCAACUAUACACAUCUUAAGGCCACAAAAAUUCCCUUGGAAACGGACCUUCAAGUAAUGAAACCUGCUUUGCAGGGAAAACACAUUUUAAAACAGUUUUGGCCCAAUUAAGGGAAUCUUCUUUGAAACUCUUACACAGAUGGCACCUUUCCCCCUUGUGAAUAUCCAACAUGAUACCAGGGGCAACAUCAACCUGUUAGAGGGGAUAUGGAGAGACUGGAUCCUACAGACAUAUGUGGUGGUUUUGCAAAUCUGUUUACCCAUUUUCGGUUCUGGUAUUUAAAGAGUUGAGUUUAAUAUACAAACUGGAGCUGCAGCCUUCCCCUCCACUUGAUUUACUUGGAAUUAAAGGACAUUUCUGCUCCAGCAGCUGCUCAUAAAGACCUUCUAACAUUCCUCCUUGCAGCAACACAUAUGGAAAUAGUCAUACGAUGAUGGCGAACUGCCUUGGGCUUCAACAUUGAAGCGUGGUGCUCCAGAGCAUGGACAAUGGCCCUGGCUGAAAAGCUGGCAUGCCAGAUUCGUGUGACAAAGGGCAUUCUAACCCCCAUCUUUUCUCUAAUGUGUGUCAACCGUUUUGGGAUUAUGUGUGUCAAGAAGAUUGUGUUCAUAACCCACCGAGAUCUCACAGUAAUACGUGGAAAGGUGUGAACUGUAAGAAUUCGAUUUGAUAUUUUUAAGCAACAUGGUUACGUAGUUUUAUGUGCGGUGUGAAAAAUGAAUGUGUAUAAAAGAAAGCCUUUGUCAUUGUGCCUCCGACCAAAGACAGGAUCUUGCAUUCCACUGACUUCUGCCAUUUAGCCCCUGUUCUUCUGCAAUGCCUUGCAGCUUUCCGGCACCUGAAGAGAGGUUACCUCUUCAUGUACAACCUUGUGCAGUUCCUGGGCUACUCAUGGAUUUUCGUGAACAUGACAGUUCGGCUCUUCAUGCUGGGGAAAGGCAAGUAACACUCUUCACCCUCUUGUCCCUGCUGGCUGGUGCUCCGCUGCCAAGUUCAAUCCCUGGCUGCUCUCAUUUAAAAGGUCCUUGAGCAGCAGUAGAGCGGCACAUGCAGAAGUUCAGGGCCGUUUCACAAUAGAUACAGCCACACCCCCUUCCAAGAUUAUACAAUAAUCUUGCAGUUAUGCAAUAAUAAUAAUAAAUGGGGAUGCAUUGCAGUGGUCAGUGCAGAUCUCCAUGUGUUGCCUUUGGGCUAGAUCUGGUGUUUUCUGUGCACAUACAUGGGCAAAUGAUUUGGAGUGCUCCAGUGUCGUCUUUCAGGGUGACUUAAAUUGUGUUUACAGUGGUACCUCGGGUUAAGUACUUAAUUCAUUCUGGAGGUCCGUUCUUAACCUGAAGCACCACUUUAGCUAAUGGGGCCUCCUGCUGCCACUGCACUGCCGGAGCACAGUUUCUGUUCUCAUCCUGAAGCAAAGUUCUUAACCCAAGGUACUAUUUCUGGGUUAGCGGAGUCUGAAACCUGAAGUGUAUGUAACCUGAGGGGUAUGUAACCUGAGGUACCACUGUACUGGAAAUUCUGUUGUAUGGAACUUGCAUGUUCUUUUGAAGCGGAAGUCGCUUGCAGCGUUCUUAAACUCUUGCUUUAAAGCAUACAGAACAACAAUUCUUCGUGGAUCUUCCCACACAUUCUUCAGAGCGAUCCUAGGAGCCAAUCCUCAGUGGCUGACUCACUUCCUUUCACUCUGAUUGGCUGCAAUUAGAAGGCUUCUUGGUGUUUACAUAGUUUCACUUUCAUGCUGAUUGGGCAACUCAAGGGCACUGCAAAAAUAGUAAUAGAUCUUCGACACCCACCCACCCCCAAACUUUGGACUGCUACAACUCUUAUCUUUAAUGGAAGGGGUUGGAAAGGAGGGUCUGGGGGGCUGCUGCUGUUUGGAAUAGACAAGAUGGGACUCAGUGGUUUGCCUUAAUAUAAGACAGCCAUAAAUUUGUUGUUGUUAUCAGACAUGUUAGUUGUUAUGCAGAGGCCUCCAGCCAACAUACUUGAAAACACUGAGUGGCUGAAGAAAUCAUUCUCUGAGAAGCCUGACUCCAGAGUUCCCCUUGCAAAGUACCCCUGUUCCUUGGAUCCGGGUCAUUUUUCAAUUUCCAAGGUGCAACUCUCUCUUUUUUAAAGGAGUUCCAAAGAAUAACCUUCUUGUCUACCUCUUUCUUGCAGACUCUUUCUUUGAUACUUUCCACACAAUGGCAGACAUGAUGUACUUCUGCCAGACGCUGUCUUUCAUUGAGAUUGUGAACACACUGAUUGGUCUGGUCCGGGCUCCUUUCAUGCCUGUCAUCCUCCAGGUAAUUGCACAUAGAGAGCCAGCAACCCCUCUCUGGUAACCCCAGGGGCCAUAUUCCAAAAUUGGCCAGGGCCUCCUGGCUCCCAUCUAGGCCAAAUGCCCUUUAUCUCUCGCUCUUUCUCUGCUGGAGUUCCAGCAGAAAGGGGAGGCUGUGGCAGAGCCCUCCCCAAUUGUGCACCUUAGCUUCUAUCUCCUGGAGUGGCAGUGACUGUGCCAAGGUCACCCAGAGGGCUUCAUGACCAAGUGUGGGAUUUGAUCCCUGUCUCCCAGGUCCUAGUCCAGCGCUCUAACCACUGCACCACACAGAGCUUCACCAUUCCUCUAGGGAGCUCAAGGUGGCCUAUGUGGUCCUCCCCAGUUUUAUCCCCACAGCAACCCAACUGAGAAGAGUGACUGGCCCAGGGUUGCCCUGUGAGCUUCAUGGCUCAGUGGGGAUUAGAACCCUGGUCUCCUAGGUCCUAGCCUGGCACUCUGACCACUACACCACCCUGGUUUGAUCCUGCCUGUCUCCAGUCUUGGGCCUGUGUUCAUGUGGGCAGCCUUAAUUGGCAGUCUGGCAGAGCCUUUCACACAUUAAUUUCUGUUCUCCUUUUCACGGGAAGAGGAGCUAAAUCACAUGGAGGUCAAUUGUUCUCAUGAUCUGGAAGCAUGCUGAAUACAGUACUAGCUCCCUCCUGCCCUCUGGCUUAGAGAGAUGCAGACAGAGAGUUUGCUACGUGUAUACCAUUUCUCUGUUCCAAACGCUUCUAUGUCUUUCUCUCCCCUCUUCCUGCCCCAGGUCUUUGGGAGAAACUUUGUGUUGUUACUUGUCCUUGGAGGUGUGGAAGAAAUGCAGAGCAAAGCUGUCGUCUUCUUCAUCUUCUAUAUUUGGAGCAUGGUAGAGAUCUUCAGGUAUCGGGGAAUCUUGCUUUGCAGUCCCAGGCUGCUCUGUCCAGCCAGGCAAUGGCCCAUCCAGUCCAGCAUCCUGUUCAAUUUCUCACAGUGGCCAACCAGAUGCCUCUGGGAAGCCCGUGAGCAGGACCCAAACACAAGAGCACCCUCCCCUUCUGUGGUUUCCUCUGUGACACCCCCCCCCAUACCGCCUCUCCCUUCCAUAUUCAAAUCAUUCCUCAACACAGAACACAGCUGAGCUCAGGCUUAACCCUUUCAUUUAUAUCUCAGCUGAAAGGAAGCCACUGUCUGUGCUGUGGCCUGCUCAGCUUAACCCAGGCUUCCUCAGACUCAGCCUUCCAGGUGUUUUGAGACUACAGUUCCCAUAAUCCCUGACCACUGGUCCUGCUAGCUAGGGAUCAUGGGAGUUGUAGGCCAAAAACAUCUGGAGGGGCGAGUUUGAGGAAGCUUGGCUUAACCCCUCAUUUGCUUCCCUCCACUCCCUGCAGUGAGUGAAGGGCUGUAGCUCAGAGGUAGAGUAUCUGCUUUGCAUGCAGAAGGUUCCAGGUUCGAUCCUUGGCAUCUCCAGGUCAGGCUGGGAAAUGCUGCCAUCUGAAACCCAGGAGAUCAGCCAGUUGUAGACCCAGGGUGGCUAACCCAGGGCCUGUGAGCUGUAUCUGACGCCCCAGUUUGUUUUCAUUUAAUUAUUUUAAUUUGUUAAAUUUACAUCCCACCUUUCCUCGCAAAGGAGCCCUUGGUAACAAAAAUACAAAUAAAAUAAAAACAUACCCCAAAAUUAAAAAGCCUAGUAAGACACCUAAAAACAAAUUUUAAGAACAUUUUAACUUAAUCAUGUGUCCAGGUAGGCCUGCUAAAUCAUAAAAGUUUGCAGCAGGCAUCCAAAAGAGUACUGCGAAGGCACUUGCCUGGUGUCAAUAGGCAGGGAGUUCCAAAGUACAGGUGCUGCCACACUCAAGGAACGACUCCUUGCAGGCAGACAUUGUGUGGAGCUUGCAGAAGUGCAAGAUCCACAAAUUGAGGUGAUAGACUUGACUCGAGCCGGGUUAAUUAGUAAAUUUAGUUAAUUUGACUGAAUUUGUCUAUACCACUUUAAUUAUAAAAACCUCUAAGUAAAUAUAAAAUAUACAUAACAUUAAAAAAUAUAAAUAAAUAAAUUAUAUAAACAAUUAUUCCUGCAUUCCAGGGGGGUGGACUACAUGGACUAGACACAUUGGGAUCCUUUCCAACUCUACAAUUCUAAUAUAUGAAAAUCAGCAGUUAAAAGUAUACAUUGUAAAAUACAAUUACUUAUUAAAACACGUCAACUUUACACUUCUGGGUAGAGCUUGUCUAAAUACAGUUUUAGCAGAUGCUCAAGGCCACAAUAUUUUUUUUGUGCUCCCCCACAAGUCCCAUCCAAAUUCUUAGUGUAUUUUGGGUUUUUUUUAAUGAGGGCACCAGGUUGAGGAAGCUUUUUAUUGUUGCAUUUGUAUCCCACAUUUCUUCCACGGAGCUCAAAGUAGCAGACGUGGUUCUCCUCUUCAUUUUUUCAGAGUCUGGGAUGUAGGUUAGGCUGAGAGACGAUGACUGGCCCAAGGACACACAGUGAGCUUUCAUGGCUGGGUAGGGAUUUGAACCCUGGUCUCCCAGGUACUAGUCCGACACUAUAACCGCUACGCUACCCUGGCUGUGCUACGUCUUUUCAGCUCGCUGCCAUUGUUCAUGGUUCCUCCUUCCUUUCCCUCCUGGGGGGUAUUCGGUGGCUAAGCCUGAUGAGCCACUGACUUGCAGGGCUUCCCUUCCAGGUAUCCGUUCUACAUGCUCUCGUGCCUCGAUAUAGAAUGGAAGAUCCUGACCUGGAUUCGAUACAGCAUCUGGAUGCCCCUCUACCCUCUGGGGAUCUUAGCAGAAGGUAUGCUGGAGAGACAUAGGCGACUGUGUCGACACCCGUUACCUAGCACCGCAAACUUGCCAUCCAACGCCACUCAAGGCUCAGAAGCAGCCUGUGCCAGGUGUGGGGAACCUGUGGGCUUCCAGAUGUCACUGAACUACAAGCCCCAUCAUCCCCGGCCCCUGGCACUGCUUGCUGGGGCUGAUGGGAGUUGCAGUUUAGCCACAUCUGGGAGGUUAAAGGUUCCCCCACCCCAGCUCUGUGCUGAAAAUCUGAUCUUCAUCACCAUCCCAGGAAUGGGCUCCAGCUUACAUCAUCCUGGAUCGUUGGCUGUGCUGGUUGAGGCUUAUGGCAGUUGGAGUCUAUCAGUAUCUGGAGGGAUAACAUUUUCUCCAGCGCUGCUCUAGUCCUGGGUGCCUGAAGAUUGGAAGCAAUUCUUCCAGCCUCGAUUCCGGUACAUUUGCCUGGUUUUCUGAGCUCCUUUCCUCUUGUUGUUCACAUGAUGUUCACAUGAUGAGCUCCCUUCCUCCUGUUGUUCACAUGAUGUUCACAUGAUGAGCUCCCUUCCUCCUGUUGUUCACAUGUUCUCAUGUUUUGCUGGAGACGAGGCUGAGCGAAGCUGCAUGUAAACUGUAGCCCUUUGCUCUUCCCCGCAAGGUGCCUUGACCUCAAGCCCUGUCUCCUUCUGUUUCCAGCUGUCUCCGUGAUUCAGGCUAUUCCCGUCUUCAGCAGCACUGGGAGAUUUAGCUUCAUGCUGCCCUACCCACUGAACGUCACCGUUCCCUUCUCCCUUUUUCUCCAGUUCUACCUUGUCUUCUUGUUUCUAGGUGAGUUUCAGAUUAAAGUCUGCAAACAAGGUAAUGUGGGAUUGGGGUGGACUUCAUGAGGACUAGAAUUGUUCUUGGAUAACUUGGUGGUGGUGGUAGUAGUAAUCAUCAUCAUCAUCAUCAUCAUCAUAGUAUCCUGCUGAAGGGAACUCUCCUCCCAGGGUAAGGUUUUGCACAAAGCUCUGCAGAGUUAGGGGUCAUCAUAAAUUGUCACCUUGCUUUACAUUCCUUUUUCUCCCCAAAGAAUUGCUGGCAAAGUCCAGACGUUUCCUGUCCUCCCUUCUCCAGUCUUUGUUUACUAAGGCAGGAACAGAGCCACACCAAGUGAAUAAAUACUGGCACACAGCCCCUACUGCAGUUGUUUAAGGGGGAGGGGUAGUUUGGGGCCUUGCAAGGCCAGAAGGGCAUGGUGAGAGGCCACUAUUCACAGAGAUACGUUACUCAUUUAUUAAAUCUCUAUCCUGCCCUUUCUCCAAACGGCACCUAAGACAGGAGACAUUGAAUAGUUCAAUCAUUACAAUUUAAAACCAUCUACCAGCAUGUUAGACUGAUGAUUUGGGGAGCUUGAGUACCAGUACUCUCUCUCUUUUCCUUGGCACUACUGGCCUUGGGAGUUCAGACUUUUUCCUUCCUCCAGGGCCGUUUGUGAAUUUCCGCUACCUCUACAAGCAACGGAAGAGACACCUUGGACCCAAAAAGAGGAAAAUGCACUAGGCCGGAGCCUGGAAUGGUUCCUUUCUCUUCUUCUUCUAAUCUACCUUGAAGGCAGGGUUAGGGCUCUCUCCUAACGGUUUUACUUACCCUGUUGAUCUGAAAAGCCAGUUUUGUACAGUUAUAGCCAACAUGCAUCUCCCCUCCCACACAAAGAUGGAUCCAGGUGACAUUCCCCACCUCCCAGUUAGGUCCAGCGACUCUUUGGUCAACCUGAAAGGGUGGGCCAAUAGUCGUAGCCCUUGUGUCCUGUGCUACCUGCAAAUAAAACUGACCCCCUCGGUGGGAACACAACUCCCUGCCAUCCAGGAGCUGAGCAGUGUUUGCCUGGCUAAGUCCACGGGUGGAGGCAAGAGCUUCUCCACGCAGAAAAUUAUUUAUUUUUAGGGGUUUUCCCAGUAUCAAAACCUUUGGAAUGGUCCCAGAGCAGGGAAGCUAGCUGGUCACUGCUUUUUGCUGAGGCUCCCAAGCCAAAGUCCUGAGCAGGGUAACCUUAAGCACCCUUUCCUCUAGCCAAAAGUGGUGUGCUGGUGGUUUAUUGAGGCCUGCCUCUCUUUCCUUCUCCCUGCAGUGGAGAUGGCCAGCUGUGAGGUAAGUCUCCCUCAGAAUUGCUACUGGCAUGCCCUUCUUUGCACAUCAGGAAUGGGGCAUCUGUGACCCUCUAGAUUAGGGUUUCCCGAACUUGGGUCCCCAGCUGUCAACUCCCAUCUUCCCUCGCUAGCAGGACCAGUGGCCAGGGAUGAUGGGAGUCGUAGUGUUUGGAGACCCAAAUACUUCUCCAAAUGUUGCUGGACUGCAACGCCAACUAAUUCUGUGAGUUGGACAUGCAAGCAGGGACCAAUGGGAAUUGGGAAUCCCGACACCUGGAGGACCACAGCUUCCCCAUCCCUGGAUUUAUUCUUUUCUUACAUCUGUAUUCUAACCCCCUUGAUGUGGAAGGACAUCCUGUUGAUUCAGAACUUCUGCAGAAAGACACCUGUUGUUUCUAGAGUUGGCUUGAUGGGACCUCCUCCAGCUCACCACCCAAUAUCACAAUUCUUCUUCUGGUGCAAGAAGGCUUUUGAGUGGCUCCAUGGUUCUAGACGUGCUUUGUCUUUGUGGGGUCUAGGAAAGGCACCAUCCUGCCUUUAGAAUUGGGGUGGGGGGAGAAACACUAUUUAUCCACCAGACUGGGCACAGGCACCCUCCUCAGGGCCAAUUUGGAGGUGACACUUUCACCUUAAUUUACUCCAGGAAGGUAAAUGGUGGGGUUUGGGGGACCCAAGUCCUGAUCUGCCAGUAGUGACACUGACUUUCGACCGUAGCACACAGGGCACCUUACUUAGCCCUUUCCAUUGCUGUCCCAUCUGUUAAAAUUACAGUCUAGGGUGCAGGCACUUUUGUCAUGAAUCUGUAUUUGCUGGUCUUUUGGGAGGCAAAUAGAAUGUGUAUUUCUAAUAAUAAAGAUUUUAAAACAUC